AUGAGUGACGCCGUCGCAACCCUCAUUGGCCUUCAGGCUGCUACUGGUGGUACGACCAUUCAGGACAUACUCAAUCGGACCGCCCCGGGGCUCAGCUUCAUACCGUCUUUUCUCCGAAAAUGGCUUCAGGUCGACAUCAGCGCGAUAAUAGGGUUGCUCUCGCUCAUCGGCGCCAUGUCAAGCGGCUUCCACUUCCUGAACCACAUUAGUCUCAAGUUGUACUGGACUUUGACUCGAUUCUGCACCGCCUCCGUUGCCGUUGCCGCCAGCGAUCGUCUCAAUCGCGAGGUCCUCAACUGGCUUUCAUCCACAGUCCUCACACGCCAAGGCACCCGCGUCCUGGCCGCCCGCAGCGAGAUGGUGAACGACGAGCGCUACUACUACCACCGCGCAAAGUCGGUUCGCGAUGAUUGCGCCAACGAGACUCGCCGCCCCGUUGAGUACAUGCCCACCUUCGGCACCACCUGGUUCUGGCAUCGUAAACGCCUGUUCAUCGUCCGCCGCGUCCGAAUCCAGCGCGGCAGCACGUUCGCCCGCGAUAGCCCGGAAGAGUUUUUCGACGCACCAAAUGGCGGCGAACCCCUUGUCGUCAUGUGUUUUGGCCGCUCCGUAGCCCCCAUCAAGCAGUUCCUCAAUGACUGCCGGGACUGGGGCGAGGCGCAGCGCGCACGCUACGUUACCGUUCGUACCUGCAAAAAGACCUACAACGGGGCACAUUGGGAUACGACCAUCCUUCGUCCUACGCGACCAAUUCAAACAGUGCAUUUUGACGAGCAGAUCAAGAAGGAGCUGGUCGCCGACAUCAUCAACUACCUCGACCCGCAAACACGAGAUUUUUACCAUCAGCGGGGCAUCCCCUACCGCCGCGGCUACCUACUGCAUGGUCCGCCCGGCACCGGCAAGACAUCGCUCAGCCUGGCGCUCGCAAGUAUGUUCAAGCUGGAGCUGUACCUCCUGCAUGUACCGAGCAUCGGCAACGACAGCGAGUUGGAAUCCAUGUUUGACGAGCUCCCCCCACGGUGCAUCAUUCUUCUUGAAGAUAUUGAUGCCGUAGGGAUACACAAACGGGUUGACCUUGCGACGCGAAUGAGCGGCCUUGACGACAACGACGAGGAAGAGGAUGAUGACGAGGAGGAGGAAAACCGAGCUGGAAGGAGCAGAAGCACUCUCUCGGGCUUGCUGAACGUUCUCGACGGUGUUGCCAGCCAGGAGGGUCGCAUUGUCUUUAUGACGUCCAAUUUGGCCGACAAGCUCGACCCGGCGCUUGUUCGUCCCGGCCGUAUCGAUCGAAAGAUAUUCCUUGGUAACAUCAACCAAGAGUCAGCAAGGCUAAUGUUCCUCCGCAUGUACGCCCAGUCUGAGGAUGCACAUUCGGCCGACUUUGGUCCUGCUGCGGAAACCAACAUGUCAAAACUCGGCGCGCAGACGUCCGGACAGACCACUCCUGCCGUCAUCACCCCUGCGCCAUCAACAAGCCUGGAUAAGAAGCCAGAAACACUUCAGCUCGAGGAGGUCGCAGCCGAGUUUGCUUCGCAUAUACCCGAAGACACGGUAACUCCGGCCCUCAUCCAGGGAUACCUCCUCUCACAUCGCUCAGACCCGCUCGCGGCACGGGAUGGUAUCCGAGAGUUUAUCAAAGACGAACUGUCGAAACUGGAACAAGCCCGGGAGAAGGCACAGCGAGCACGUGAAGCCAAAGCACGCAAGCGCAAGUCCAAGGCGCUCGCGCAGCUGAGUAAUCUGGCAACCUUGACUGCAACGACUCAUGCUAAUGGGAGGAGCAUCAAUGACACAAAACCGGCGGUGGGAAAUACAACUGCUAAGGUGCCAGUGACAUCUGAAACUAGAGAGGGAAGUGCGGCUGUCCAGCGUGAAGGGGGCCAUACAAAACACGCGGUUAACGCCGGAGAGGAUAUUCCUACCGGUGGCAGCAAGGAACGCCAAGCUGGCGAGGACGAAAGUACCGAAGAGGGCUCAACUGAUGUUGGAGCUGGUCAAACGUCGAACUCACAGGCUGCUCAAGGCAGCAAUGGCCAUGUGGAUGCCGCCAGACCUGUUGAAGUUGCCGGCGAGGUCGAAAGGCCAGAAGCUCGCGUAUAA